GGGCGCCACACCCCCCGGAAGAGCCUCGGUACCAGGACGCAGCACGGAGCCAAUGAGGGAAACAGGACACGGCAUUGCUAAGCGAGAGCAUCCCCUGGGGGCGGGACUUCCGGCUUGAUUUCCCCCCUCCACACACCCCCAGAUAUAUUUGCUUUUUCGGAGGGUCUGUUUACCUCCUAAGGUUCCGGACCGCGGUGACUGAUGGUGAGAACGCGAGGGGAGGCGCUGUCUUCGCUACACACCGUUGAGUCCAGGUGUCCGUUCCCCUCCGGCCCCGCUGCCGGCCCACCGAGUCCGAUGGCGGCGGCCGCGCCCACGGACCCGGCUCAGUGUGGUGUGACCUUUGAGGACGUUGCCGUGUACUUCUCCUGGAAGGAAUGGAGGCUUCUUGAUGAGACUCAGAGACGGCUGUACCACCGUGUGAUGCUGGAGAACUUUACACUUAUAUCCUCACUGGGUUGCUGCUGUGGAGCAGAGGGUGAGGAGGCACCCUUUGCACAGGGCACUUCUGUAGGCGCGUCACAGGCCGGGAUGCCCACGGCAGCUGUGUCUUCCCGGAAGACCCACCCCUGUGAGAUGUGUGGUCCAGUCUUAAGAGACAUUUUCCACUUGGCUGAGCACCAGGGAAAAGGAAACAGCCAGAAACUGUUGAGGUGUGGGGCAUGUGGGAAACGAUUUUAUUGCAGUGUAAAGUCUCAGCAGCAGCAGGAACAGCACCUGGGAGCAAAACCCUACAGAAGCCGUGUAGACGGGGCCUCUGUUGUGAAGAGCUGGGGAUUCCAUGGUUCAGAAAAGCCCUUUACCUGUGGAGAAGUUCAGAAGGACUUCCUCUCUGGCUCGAGGCAUCUGCAGCAAGAGGCCACUCACACUACAGAGAAGACAGACAUGAUCACCCAGUGCAGGACAACUUUACAAAACAGGAAAAGUCAUCGUCCUUGGGGAGAAUGUAAGAACACCUUUGGUCCCAAACACACAGGUUCUCAGGACCAGGGUGUCCACUUUGGAAGACAGUCCUUUGUGUGCAGUGAAUGUGGGAAAACAUUCGUACAAAUCCUUAUUUGCUAUACACCAGAGAUACCAUACUGGAGAAAGACAUUAUGAGUUUGGCAAAUACGGAAAAGCACUUUGGCAAAGGUCAGCCCGCAGUCAACAUGCAAAGGCUCAGAGUGGAUCCAGGCAGUACAAGUGCAGCAAAUGUGGGAAAUCCCUAGGCCACAAAUCUGUCCUCAUUCAUCCCCAGAGAUGGCACAGGGAACUUAAGAGUUAUGUUUGCAGUGGAUGUGCAAAAUCUGUUAGCUGUAGCUCAGUGUUGAUUACCCAUAGGGUUCAACCUGGGGAAAGGUUUCAUAAGUGUCAUGGCUGUGCAAAAUCUUUUCCCUCUAUGUCUGCCCUCUGUUAUCAUCAGAGAUCUCACACAUUCUUAAGACCAUAUGAGUGCAGUGAUUGCGGGAAAUCUUUUACCACUAGUUCUGUCCUCCAUGCUCACCAGAGAGUACACACUGCAGAAAGGCCUUAUGAGUGCAGUGAAUGUGGCAAGUCCUUUGUCCGAAGGUAUAGCCUCAAAGUACACAUAAAGGUUCACUCAGGUGAAAGGCCUUAUAAGUGUAAUGAAUGUGAGAAAUCUUUUAAGUGGAAGUCAACAUUGAUUAAACACCAGAAAAUUCAUACAGGAGAAAGGCCUUAUGAGUGCAGUGAAUGUGGGAAAACUUUUAUCUAUAGGACUCACCUCCGUUAUCAUCACAGAAUUCACAGUGGAGAAAGGCCUUACGAAUGCAGUGAGUGUGGCAAGUCCUUUGUCCGAAGAAACAUCCUCAAAGUACACAUAAAGGUUCACUCAGGUGAAAAGCCUUAUAAGUGUAAUGUAUGUGGGAAAUCUUUGAAGUGUAAGUCAACAUUGAUUAAACACCAGAGAAUUCACACAGGAGAAAGGCCUUAUGAGUGCAGUGAAUGUGGGAAAACAUUUGCCACUAGUUCUGUCCUUCAUUCUCACCAGAGAGUUCACACAGGAGAAAGGCCUUAUGAGUGCAGUGCAUGUGGGAAAUCUUUUACCACUAGGUCUGUCCUCCGUGAUCAUCAGAGAGUUCACACCGGAGAAAGGCCUUAUGAGUGCACUGAAUGUGGGAAGUCUUUUACCGCUAAUUCGGCCCUCCAUUAUCACCAGAGAGUUCACACUGGAGAGAGACCUUAUGAAUGCAGUGAAUGUGGUAAGUCCUUUGUCCGAAGAAAUAGCCUGAGUGUGCACCUGAAGGUUCACUCAGGUGAAAAGCCUUAUAAGUGUAAUGAAUGUGGGAAAUCUUUGAAGUGUAAGUCAACAUUCAUUGAACACCAGAGAAUUCACACAGGAGACCGGCCUCAUGAGUGCCGUGAUUGUGGGAAAUCUUUUACUUCUAGAUCUGCCCUCCGUUCUCACCAGAGAGUUCACACUGGAGAACGGCCUUAUGAAUGCAGUGACUGUGGGAAGUCUUUUACCACUACUUCUCACCUUCGUUCUCACAAAAGGGUUCACAAUACUGAAAGGCCUUAUGAAUGCAGUGAAUGUGGCAAGUCCUUUUCCCGAAGAAAUAGUCUCAAUGUACACAUCAAGGUUCACUCAGGUGAAAGGCCUUACAAAUGUAAUGUAUGUGGGAAAUCUUUGAACUAUAAGUCAACGUUCAUUCAACAUCAGAGAAUUCACACAGGAGAAAAGCCUUAUCUGUGUAGUGAAUGUGGGAAAUCUUUUAGUUACAGCCGCGCCCUCCGGUAUCAUCGUCAAAGUCACCUUCCAGUAAGUCCUUAUGACUGUAGUGAUUGUGGGAAAUCUUUUACUUGUAGUUCUUAUCUCCGUGAUCACCAGAGAGUUCACACUGGAGAAAGGCCUUAUAAGUGCAGUGAAUGUGGGAAGUCUUUCACUUCUCGUUCCCUCCUCCGUUCUCAUCGGAGACUUCACACUGGAAAAAGGCCUUAUGCGUGCAGUGAAUGUGGCAAGUCCUUCUUCCAAAGAAAUACCCUGAACGUACACAUAAAGGUUCACUCAGGUGAAAAGCCUUAUAAAUGUAAUGAAUGUGGGAAAUUGUUGAAGUACAAAUCGACAUUCGUUCAACACCAGAGAAUUCACACAGGAGAAAGGCCUUAUGCUUGCAGUGAAUGUGGGAAGUCUUUUUUCAGUUACGGUGCUCUCAGUUAUCAUCACAGAGUUCACAUUGGGGAAAAACCUUAGGAGUACUGGAGAUGUCGAAAAUCUUUCGGCUAAAUUUCUAAUCUCAUUCAGCGUUAGAAAGUACACAGUAUAUAAAGUCUUCAUGGGUGAUAACAUGAACUAAAUGGUUCUGUUCACUAAUGUUGAUAUGUUGACUCCCUGUCCUCUAACGCAAUAGUAGUAGGUGUCUCUGGGAGGUAACUGAUGUUAGAAUGGGUUGUGUGUGUGGAUUCCUAAUGACUGGUUUCAAAGUCUUAGAAGUAUUCUGAGACAGCUUGCUUCCCCUAUCAAUCAUGUGAGGACCCUUUGAGAAAACAUAUAAAUCAGGAAGCUGGUCAUCACCAGACACGAAACCAGACCAUAUGGGGAAUCUUGAGGGAGAUAUCCUGCCUCCAGAAGUGAGAAAUUUCUGUUGCUUACAAGCCACCCAGUUUAUUAUAUUUUGUUAGAGCAGCCUGAGCUAAGACGCAUGUGAAGAAUGUGGGUAAUGUUUUGGGCAAAGAUACCGUUUCAUAAAAAUCAGAAUUCACCUUGGACCAUGACCACAUUGAGGGAGGUGAGGGACACAAGUGCUUUAGCCAGACAUCUGUCUUCAUUCCCCGCUUAAGAAUUCACACUGCAGGGGCGCCUGGGUGGCUCAGUCGUUAAGCGUCUGCCUUUGGCUCAGGGCGUGAUCCCAGCGUGCUGGGAUCGAGCCCCAUCCACAUCAGGCUUCUCCACUAGGAGUCUUCUUCCUUUCCCACUCCUGCUGUGUUCCCUCUCUCGCUGGCUGUCUCUCUCUGUCAAAUAAAUAAAAUCUUUAAAAAAAAAAAAAAGUUUACACUGCAGAACGACUUUAGAUGGCAGAGAAGGUGAUCCAUCGUUCCUUAGUGUAAUUAUGCCGAGGAGAACCUUAUGAGGCAGCCACCUUCCUGAAUUGAGCUUUGUUCACCUCCAUAUCCACAGUGGAGUGACUUGUCAUAAGUUCCAGCUAUUUGGGGUAAGUUCAGAAGUUGUAUUGUGUGUUCUGAUGUGUCAAAGUAAUUGCUGGAAGUGACUUCCGGAUUCUGUGACAGAAGUCAUUUCACCUCUGGCACCUGGAUGGUCCCAAUAAUGAAUAUCUGUCACACCCAGCUUAAUGAUGCUGACCACUUUGCUUUGUCCUUUGCUGGUGGAAAUUAUGGGUACUGCUCAUACCUCAUUGCCUUCUCAGUUAGUACAUGGAUGUGACCCAGUGUUGACCCUUGUACCUCUUGAUGGUGUUUUGCAGAGAAUGACUAAAUCUUUUAGAGACAUUGUUGGUCUCCUGUGGAUUGUGAUGAAUCUUUGCAGCUUGUGAGUCAGCAACACAGGAAUUGGGUGCUAUGUGUUGGCUCUGGUUUAUGCAUUGCUAAAUGCCUUUUUUGUUUAAUUACCAUUAGUCUUAGGUGUUAAAUUCACUCUAAGGGGUCGCUUGAAAUUAGAAUUGGGUUCAGCCAGACAUAGGAAUGAAUAGAUCUCAUUGCAACCCAAACUUAACUGUGUUUUGGAGAGGAUAAUUGCAAAUAAAUAAUACAUAGGUCAGUUCUACUCUCCAGCUUGGGCCUUAAUUUGUAUUAAAACUCAAGACCUUUCUUAUGGGCUGAACUCUGUGCCCAACAUUCAUAUGUUAAAGUUGUAACCCCAGUACCUCACAGUGUGACUGUAGUUAGACAUAGCAUCCUUAAAGAGAUCAUGAAGGUGAAGUGGGUUAUUAGGAUGGGCUGUUAUGCAGUAUGGCUGGCUUCAUGAUAAGAGAUGAAGAUACCGGCACACACAGAUGACCAUGUGAAGACAGGGAAUCCCCAUCUCUAAGCCAAGGAGAGAGGUCUGAGAAGAAACUAACCCUGCUAACACGUGAUGUCCAAUUUCUAGAGUCCAGAUUUGUGGGAAAAUAAAUACCUCUUGUCUGAUCACCCAAUGUGUACUUAUAUCAGUUCUAACUAAUUCAGCUUCCUAGGAUCCAUAUCUGGCUUUUGUGGUCUGGAUGCCAACAAGUUUUGUGUGCUGAGAGGUCACCCUGAAGAGGGAGCAGUUGAGACCAUCUCCAGUGCUUGUGGAAACAACAAGAAUAUUUUGCUUGUCCACAGCUGAUAGCACAGGAUGCCAGGCACUGUUGAGUGGAAUCUCUACCUCAGGUCCUUCAAAGGAGCCAUAUGACCUGAUGUGCAAUAUUCACUUGUAACACCACAGGGGCGGGGGAACUGUAAUUGGUUAUCUAGGAGAUUGGGUAAUUAGGGAGUAGAGGAGACAUCGGCCACCUACGUGGUGUGUAUCCACAGACGUAGUGACUGUCUGGGAAGUAUCAAUGUGCACAGAAAUUCUGCGCUUUUAGACACACAUUGUCAAAACAAUCCAAAAGUCACUAAUUCUUCUAUCCUCUGUGGUGCUUACAUGUCAAGGCCACUGUGGUAAAGGCAGGAAAAAGAUAAAGACAAGGGAGAAUUCAUCGUCCAGGGAUGUAGCUUUUGUGACCCCACCCAGCCAGCAUUCUUGUUGGUGUCCUAAAGGACUAUGGCAGACGCCUGUUCUGAAAAACCAUCCGCCCACGUUGUCUCCCAGGUACUGCCCAGGUCUAGGGCGAAAAACGCAGAUCUUUCUGGAGGUGACGGUGCAGAGUCCUACUCCUAUUCAUGGUUGCUCAAGAUCUGUUCUGUCCCAAAGUCCUUGAAUAAACCAUUUCUCUUCAAGGUGGACUUCUCAGCCUUUUUCUUUGGUCUGAAGGCUUGGAGGUUGUGCAUAUAUGUCCGUUUCAACAGUACUGUUUCUCCUCUGGAUGUAUACACUACUGAUCUCUUCAUCUGGAGCAUGUGUGUUAUUUCCAGUGUUUCCCUUUCGCAAAUGAAUCCCUCUAUAUAUUUUCAUUGUAAUUCCUUAUGAGGUUAGAGGUUUCAUUUCUCUUCUGCUAAAUAACUCAAAGCACCAUGGUAGGCACAGGUAGGUGAGUGUUGACACUUUCAUGAAUCAAGGGCCAAAAUGGGGUCUGAAGUGUUCACUACUGCAUUCCCUCCAGUUACGUAUGACAGUUCCAGUAUUUUCAUCCCUUCCAAUACUUGAGAAGGUCAGUGUUCAGUGUCAGCAUGUGUAGUGCUAUGUUGUAAUUGCAUUUCCUAGGGAUUUCUGCCUUUGAGCAUUGUUUCAUGUAUUUCUUUACCACCUGUAUGUUUUGUUUGGUACAAUUUCUGUUUACAUCAUUUGCUUAUAUUCUUUCAUAUGAGUUAUGACUACUUCCCUUUUUAGUUACAAAUAAGCCAUGCACACAACAAGAUAAAUGUUUGAAUUUUUCUCUAUGGUGUCAUGGUAGUACUGAAAGCCUGUUUCUUCAUUAAGUACCUCAGAUUUUUGUCGCCUACCCACUGUCAUGGACCAAAACACCUUACAUGUUUAAGUCUAGGGCACAUUCAUUACACUGUCAUCAUUUUCUUAAUUUCAGGCCUUCAGAAAAACAAAAGUCCAUCCCCACUUUGUAGUGUUUGCCAAUUUCCAGGGUGUAAAUUCUCCCAUUGUGAGAGCAGGUUAUUUUCAGAAAAGGUUCUAAUUGUAUUGGGUGUUUGGUGGAAAACCACUCACUGUGGGGGCUGUGUGCUGGCUGGAGGUCUUCAGGAGCCUCCCAGGCAGGAGACCUUAAUCCUGACAGGCCGGAAGGGAGGGACCUCCCUGAACAUCCUGACUGGUGACUGAAAAUCUGGCUGAUCUCACGUUAGAAGUGAUAAGGUUGUCAGGUACACCCACUCAGUUCAGAGUCGCUUCCUCCUAUCCCACCCAGUACAUUGGAAGAAAUUCUCACUGUGGAACGCCAGCCUCCAAGUGAUUUAAUUUCUUCUCUUUCUGUAAAUUGACUGCUAGUCCCCAAAAAGUUGACACUCCCUACAUCUCACCACUGCUCUGGGAUGUGUUUCCAGACAGCUGUCUCGGGUAAGUCUGCUGUGCCCAGGGAGGGGGUGGGGGUGCUCGGCCACUUCCAGCCUCCUGCUGGCAGGGAAGGACUGGAAGCCAGGUGGGGCGGGGCCUCCCCCAGAAAAGAAGGGGAUUCACUCCUGGGUAGGGCCUCACCCAGAAGAUCAAGGGUCAAUCCAGGCCUCCCUCUCUACCCGAAGAAGGGCCUCUACUAGAAGGAAGAGGGUCCCUAGGUCAGGCGUGUGGCAACCUGUGCAGGCCUCACACACACACACACACACACACACACACACACACACACACACGGCGGGAUCAUGGUAUCAUCUACAAGGACAUGUCAGGAAGGGGCCUGCAAGGGGGGCUGGUGCAGGGUGGUAGGUUAGGGUCAGAGACAGAGGAGACACCUGGAAGUUGCUGGAAGGACCCUCUGGGUUGAGUACCUGUACUUCACUGGAGAUGAAGUUCCCACCAUCAGUCCUGAAGGCAGUUCCCUACCCGGAACUCUGACCAUUCUUUCCCCUCAGGGACACAGCACAGUCCAGAGGUGAGUCCUCCAUUCCUCCCACGAGUACCAUCUUUUUCGUUCUGGCGCAGAUGGGUGUAGAAGUCUGAACUAAACUCAGCGGAUCAGGUUGUCCACAGUUACCUUGGGGGGGGGGACCCUCAGUUUCAGGUUUUUCAACAAAUUAUGACUUUGGGGCAUCUGGGUGGCUCUCACUCAGUUAACCCCUUAGGCUCUGGUCUGAAUCUUGGUGUCCUGGAAUCGAGCUCCGCCUUGGGCUCCCUGCUCUUCGGAAGUCGUCUUCUCCCUCUCCCGCUGGCCCUCCCCCCACUUGUGCUGUCUCUCUCUCUCUCU